AUGAAUAAAUUCUUAAAAUUAAUUGGAAAAGACACAGAAAAAUACAAAAAGGUUUCUUACUUUUUUUUAUAAGGUUAAAUAACAAGUUCAAUGUAAGAUUUAAAGAAGAUUGUUUAGGACUUAUAAAGUUUAUAAAGCAUUGAAAAAAUUUAAGCCAGAAAAUUCAAAGGCAAUGGCUUUGAUUAUCAAUUCAACAGGAGGAAGUCUUGCUCAUGCACAUAUAAUAUAAAGGAAAUUUGAUUUAGUAAGAAAAAGAUACAAUAUUCCAUUGUAUACAUUUGCAGAAGACUACGCUUUGUCUGGAGCAUUUUAUUUGUUGUGUAUGGGAGAUAAAAUAUUUUGUAAUAAAACUUCAAUAGUUGGAGCAGUGGGAAUAUAAAUUUAAACCUUAAAUAUCCUUAAAUUAUUAGAGUAUUACAAAUUGGAAGUCCGUACUUAUAAUUCUGGUGUUAAUGAGACAUUUUUAUAGUAAAUAGAUCCUUUAAAUGAGAAUACUUCAACACAUAUAUUAGAAAAUGUUAGUGCUUAAUAAAAUUAAUAAUUACAAUUAUAGAUAAGAUAAAUGAUUGGAAAUAGAGAAAAUAAAGAAAUAAUAUUAAAUGGGUCUAUAUAUAAUGGAUAAUAAUUAUUUGAAGAUUUAAAGUAUUGAUUAAUAUAAAAUUAAUAGAUUUAGUAAUGGUAUAGGGUAAUAUUUAAAUAUAUUAGCCAAAGAAUAUCCAUAAAAUAAAUUAGAAAAUGCUACUUAAAAAACUUAGAGAGAAAAAAUUAUAGAGUUCUUUUAAAGUAAGUUAAAUUGA